CAUUCAAGAAUAUCUGUAUAGUCAUGAUAGCAGUGAGUCUAACCAAACUUCAUUUUAUCGUCGAUUAUUUCGUGAACUUAUUCUUUAAGUGAUUGUAAUAGUUUUUAGAUCGAAAAACCUUUACAAUACUGUAAUAUACAAAUUAUUACAUAAAAUAACAAAACACUUUUAAACAAUUAUUUUGUAAAAUAAAAAAACAUAUUUUCAGAAAUUCAAGAAUGAAAAUCCAAACUAAAAUAAGUAUUUUUGUGAGUGUUACACUUGUAGUUAUAUGCAAUUUAUUCAAUAUUCAAGAUAAUUUAUUGAAUAAAGAAUCGCUAGAAAAUGCAAUACUGCAAGAAAAUUAUCCUGCUGAAACUCACAAAGUAUUGACAGAAGAUGGAUUUAUAUUAACGAUUCAUCGCAUACCAGGACGAACAGGAUCGAUUCCAGUAUAUUUACAACAUGGACUUUUAUCAAGUUCAGCCGAUUGGUUGAAAAGUGGUAAAGGUAGAUCUCUUGCUUAUAUAUUAUCAGAUAAUGGAUAUGAUGUGUGGAUGGGAAAUGCAAGAGGUAAUGUUUAUUCUCAAGAACAUGUAAAAUUAUCUUCGUCGGAACCUCAGUUUUGGAAUUUCAGCUGGCAUGAAGUUGGAUUUUAUGAUGUAUCUGCUACAAUAUUGUACAUUUCCAAAAUUACUAAUAACACUAUGUUCUACGUGGGUCAUUCGAUGGGUGGAUCAACUUUUGCUGUUAUGGCAACUCAAAGACCACGUAUGGCUGACAAUGUUAGAGCGAUGAUUGGUCUUGUACCAGCAGUUUACGAAAGUCAUACGCGUCACCAUUUACUGAAAGCGAUUGCUGUACAUUGGGAAACGUUGCAGUCGUUUGCGCAUACUUUAGGUAUACAUAAAUUUUUAACCUGGAACAUUUUUACUGACUUAUUUUUCCACCAAUUAAGUAAAGUACCUAUUAUUGGUAGAGCAUAUGCGAGCAACUUGUUAUUCUAUAUAUUUGGAUACAACCCUGAUCAACUCGAUUAUGCUAAACUGCCAGUAUUUAUGGACAAACUACCAGCUGGAACAUCAAUAAGAUUAUUUUGCCAUUGGUUACAGCAAAUGACCGUAAAUGAAUUUCGAAAUUUUGAUUAUGGACGUCAAACGAAUUUGAUGAUUUAUAAUAGUACCGAACCACCAAAAUAUGAUUUAACAAAAAUUAAAGUACCUGUUGCAGUAUUUUUAUCAGAUAAUGAUAUAUUAGUAACUGCCGAAGUGCCAAACAAAAUCGGGUUGUACGAUGUUGGUCACGGAUUUAAUCAUGGAGACUUUAUAUGGGGAAUAAACGCCACUGAACUCGUUUAUAACAUAAUUCUCGAUAUCUUCAAAAAUCAACGAUAGACUAUAUCACCACUCUUCAUAACACAUAUUAAUUCAAGGAUUUGUUGCGCACCUUAUCAAAACCUCUGUCAAAAAUUAUUGAAUAAACCAUUAUAUUACAAAAA